GGGCUCUGGCUUGCAGGGAGGGUGUUUUUUUGCACCAAGGCUUGUGUUGGAGUCCAGGGCCGGGGGUACCUACUACUGGUUGGACCGCACCUUCCUGUCUGCAUACUAAACAUUGGAGCCUUUCUGAGGAAUAUAUCGUCAUGAUAUUGGUGCUUCUGCUGUGAUUGAAGGCAGGGAAGUCCGAGCUGUUGGUAUGGAUGAUCAUCAGGCAGGGUUUAGGGCUGCUGCUGCUGCUGCCAAGGAUUAAAUGCCCCGGUGGACAGAAGGAGAGUUGUGCUGUACCGAUUCCACGUCAUUUUGCCUGGGAGGAGGAGGACUGACUUCCAUGUACCGGGGACUUCCUUUCCCACAGCCAUGCUGGAAUCUCUUGAACUGGCUGCAUACUACUGCUACUACCUUCUGAAGUGGGAUCUGCCCUUGUCACUACUGAGAGCUGCUUCUGCUGCUGGACAACAACAGCCUCCGCUUGGCAACUGCUCCCUUCCCACGUCCUGCACCUUGUAAUCUUCUGCACCCUGGAUUAUAUAGACAAGACACGUUCCUUACCCAGCUGCUUGGAUUUAUUCCUGAAUUAUGGCUUCAGUGUGGAAGAGGCUGCAGCGAGUUGGCAAGCAUGCCUCCAAGUUUCAGUUUGUUGCAUCCUAUCAGGAGCUGAUGGUGGAGUGCACGAAGAAAUGGCAACCUGACAAGUUAGUAGUUGUGUGGACUAGGAGGAGUCGAAGGAAAUCGUCAAAGGCUCACAGUUGGCAGCCUGGGAUAAAAAAUCCUUACCGUGGGGUUGUUGUGUGGCCAGUUCCUGAAAAUGUUGAAAUCACUGUGACACUCUUCAAGGAUCCCCAUGCAGAGGAAUUUGAAGACAAAGAAUGGACGUUUGUAAUAGAAAAUGUAAGUAAAAUACAGGAAUCUUCUUCUGGUCGUCGAAAAGCUCUGGCAACCAGCAACAUCAACAUGAAGCAAUACGCCAGCCCCAUGCCCACACAGACCGACGUCAAACUAAAAUUCAAACCUCUGUCAAAGAAAGUGGUUUCCGCAACUCUUCAGUUUUCUUUGUCGUGUAUCUUUCUAAGGGAAGGAAAAGCUACUGAUGAAGAUAUGCAGAGUCUUGCAAGCUUGAUGAGCAUGAAGCAAGCUGAUAUAGGAAACCUUGAUGAUUUUGAAGAAGACAAUGAAGAAGAUGAAGAGAAUCGCGUGAACCAGGAGGAGAAAACUGCUAAAAUUACAGAAAUUGUUAACCAGUUGAAUGCCCUGAGCAACUUGUCUGAAGAUCAGGAUGCCUGCAUAAAGCAACCACAUUUACCUUCAGCUAAAUCAUCCACUCCCUGUGAAGAACUUAUAAAUAAGUUAAACUUUCUGGAUGAAGAGGAACGCGAUUUGAUGAACUCAAGCUCCAACCCGUUUGAAAGCUCUGACGUGGCUGAUUUUAAUCCGUUUGGCGAUCCUGACGCAGAAGAAAAUCCUUCUGAGCAAGCACCUUCAAAGUCUGACGACUUAUUUGAUGACUACAAUCCUUUUAAAGAACCUGAGCCUGCAGUUUAUAUAAAUCCUUUUGAUGAGCCUGAUACAGAGCAAGACCAGGUCCUUGAGCUUAGUAAGGACUCUCCACCUCAACCAGCAAAGAGAAAAAACACCCGCCCUGUGGAUAUGAGCAAGUACCUCUACGCUAACAAAGCUAGGCAAGAGGAGGAGGAUCUUGAUGAGUCGAAUCCAUUUUAUGAACCAAAAGAGAAUCUUAACGUUAGCCAGCGCACUGGAGUAAAAGAAUUUGAUCCUGAAAAGAAGGUAAAAAGGAAAGCACCAGGGCCCCCUAUGCCCUCACCAAAGAGAGAGGAGCCAGCAAGAGCACCUCUAGCUGUUCCUGCAGGAAAGGACAUUGCACCUUCUCCCAAGCCAAGUCCUUUACCAAGUCCAACACUGGGGAGACAACCGAAUGCCAGCCAGUCACUGCUUGCGUGGUGCAAAGAAGUCACAAAAUCAUACAGAGGGGUCAAAAUCACCAAUUUCACUACUUCAUGGAGAAACGGACUGGCUUUCUGUGCAAUAUUACAUCACUUUAGACCUGACCUCAUUGACUACAAGUCCCUCAAUCCUCAGGAUAUUAAAGAAAACAACAAAAAGGCAUAUGAUGGUUUUGCCAGCAUAGGAAUUUCCCGAUUACUGGAACCUUCUGACAUGGUGUUAUUAGCAAUUCCAGACAAGCUUACAGUUAUGACGUACCUGUACCAAAUCCGGGCACAUUUUAGUGGACAGGAACUUAAUGUCGUCCAGAUUGAAGAAAACAGCAGUAAAAGUACAUACAAAGUAGGGGAUUAUGAGACAGAUACAAAUAGUUCCAUAGAUCAAGAAAAAUUUUAUGCAGAACUUCAUGAUCUUAAUCAAGAAGCAGGACCUGAACUAGAGGAGGCACCUUCCAAACUGCCUGAUUUUCUUCCCCACGAUGGCUCUGCAUUAGUGCAUGACAAUGGAAUUUUGGACAAGCAAAGCAUGGCUAGCUCUGCAGUUGAAUCUAUAAGUGCUGAAAUGGAUUUUACUUGUACCCGGACUAGAAGCAAUUUAGAAUUACAAAGCCCCAGUAGAACUUUCGAAUAUGAAAAAUCGAGUCAAUGUGAAAGCAGCAAUGAAGCUUACAGCGAAGCGCAGCCAUUGGUAACCCAAAGAAAGCUGUUAAAAGUUGACACUACAGACCUUACUGAUCCGUGUGAAGUCAUAGAACCUAGAAAAGAAAACAUUUCUUUUGGUACUACAAGUGGAGCUCAUCAACAGCAGAGUUUAGCAGAUCAACCAAAUCCAGGCUCAUUUACUUCCACCCCACAAAGUGGGGUGGAUAGCAUUCCUAAAGAAAAAGUGUAUAGUCAAUGUUAUUCAGUACAUUCUGGGGAUUCUAAUGGCAAAGUUGGAGAUUUUACAUUCAAAGCACCACCUUUACCUCAGACUGCAAUAAGCAGUCUAAUUGACUCUGCAAAGGUUUCAUCCAACAACUCUGAUCAACCUUCGAAGUCAACUGAGCAGCGAAUGCUGUCCAGGCAAGAAGAACUAAAGGAGCGGGCACGGAUCUUAUUGGAGCAGGCCAGAAAGGAUGCAGCACUGAAAGCUGGGAACAAGCAGAGAAAUAAUAUGUCUGCACCUACACGUGCCAAGCAGCUAAGUGAUCAGCAAGAUGAAGAGCGGCGCAGGCAGCUGAGAGAGCGGGCACGUCAGCUCAUAGCAGAAGCUCGAUCUGGAGUGAAGAUGUCAGAACUUCCCAGCUACAACGAGAUGUCUACCGAAAAGUUCAAAGACAGAGCAAAAGCAUCUGGAGAUGAGCCUGAUUUUAACAAAGCACUUACUAAUGAGGAAAGUCCUGAUCCCACCCUUGUUUGUGGUGGCGGUGAACCUUCUAACACUGAUACUGAUUCCACCGCUGGACAAAACAGUCAUUCUGUGGACGUGAAGUUGAAGAGGCUUUUGGAGGCUCAGCCACAGGUGGCAAACUCCCUGUCUAACGCUGCCCAGAAGAUAUCACCAGAAGCCACAGAUAGAGACUUCAAGAAUGGUGCCCAAGAUACUCGUUCUGAGAGACUGCAGAAGGCUCCUGACCGCUUCAAGAACCCUGUUGUGUUCAAUAAAGAUUCUACAGUCAGAAAAACACAGCUUCAGUCCUUCAGUCAAUAUGUAGAGAGCCGGCCAGAGAUGAAAAGGCAAAGAUCAAUGCAAGAAGACACAAAAAGAGUGAAUGAAGAAGUUGUGAUAACCGAAACCCAGAAGAAACCCUCAGAAGAUGAAGUGCUAAAUAAAGGGUUCAAAGACACCAGUCAGUAUGUAGUCGGAGAAUUGGCAGCACUAGAAAACGAGCAGAAUCAAAUUGACACCCGUGCCGCGCUGGUGGAGAAGCGCCUUCGCUAUCUCAUGGACACAGGACGGAACACAGAAGAAGAAGAAGUGAUGAUGCAGGAGUGGUUUAUGCUUGUAAACAAGAAAAAUGCCCUAAUCCGAAGGAUGAACCAGCUUUCUCUUUUGGAAAAAGAACAUGACCUAGAGAGGCGAUUUGAACUACUCAACCGAGAGCUGCGAGCUAUGUUAGCAAUAGAAGACUGGCAAAAGACUGAGGCCCAGAAGAGAAGGGAGCAGCUCUUACUGGAUGAACUGGUUAUUCUGGUUAAUAAGCGCGAUGCUUUGGUCAGAGAUUUGGAUGCCCAGGAGAAACAAGCUGAAGAGGAGGAUGAACAUUUAGAGAGAACCCUGGAGCAAAACAAAGGCAAAAUGGCUAAGAAGGAGGAGAAAUGUGCCAUCCAGUGAUUGCUGCCACCUGGCUAAUCCAAGAUUCAGAAUCCUUUUACACAGCCAGUUCCUAGAAGCGACAAGGAACUUUCUAUUACAAAGACGCCACUGAGAUGCACAUGGAAUGUUCUGAUCCAGUGAUACCAGUUCUGUCUGUCUUAUUCGUUGUUCUGUUUUCUGCAUUUUUUUCCUUUUAAUUGAGCAGCGUUUGUGCCACAAUUGAGUUGACUUUGGCACUGCUGAAACAAUGUUUGGCACCACAGUCAUAUUAAUGGGAUCCAAUCCCUUAUGGUACCUAUUUGCCUCGAGUGGGGAAAGAUGGCUGCGAGAUUGGAGGACCCCGACUCCCAAACUGCUUCCCAAAUCUUUUUUCCCGAUGGGGCCUGUGUAGCCAGAGACUUUAGUGGAGAAAGAUUGGCCAGCAGAUAUUUAUAUUUCAGCUUCACCAUGUGUAACGUAUCUUUAUACAGAUGAUCACCUAGCCCUGCCAUUUUGUACUAAGCCCAAUGGGAUAACAUCCAAUGCUUUAUUCCCAAGUACUCGCUCAAGCAGCUCUUUUGCAUUGUAACCUUUAGAAGCAAAUCAUAUCGAUGAGGACUGUGUCUGCCUUGCAGGAUCCUUGUCUGUCUCUUCAUGGACUGAUCAGUGCUUCCAUAGGAAGUCUGGCCGAAAGACUUGCAUCCGUUUACAUGUCUCGCUCAUCAUCGUUUGUGGGAGGAAAUAUUUAUUUCAUGCUUUUAACCAUAACAGAACUUAGAUAUUAGCCGACGAUGUGCCGUUAAUAUUUAUUUCUGCAAAACCAAUUGCUGUUUGUUUCAUGCCACUCCGUGCGGGUAUAUACAGCCUGGCAGAUUCAUAUGUGGGACUUGUUCUAUUUAUUACAGUACUGUCAUAUACAGUUUUCAAUAAACACAAAUCUUUCUUAAAGUACA